GAACUAUUGACGUCAUAACUAGGGAUCUUUUAACAGUUUAUAGGGACUAUUAAGAAGAUGAUCGUAAUUUAUAUCCAAAAACUGCUCAAGAAAAUCCCCUUUACCGAUAGGUAUUUAAAAAGAAUCAAUGCUGUUGACAUACAAAGUCAGUUUCAGCUAAGUUCGGUUCAAAUCAUGAGUUUAACUGAAGACGAACUUAAAGAAUCGGUUUACUGAUCGAUGAAGUGUCAUGGAAAGAGCGCCGAUGAAUAAUUCGUCAAUUAUCGAAGCAAAAGUACAAGAUGGCAAGCUUGUUUACAUCUUCGACAAGAAUCAACACGCUCAAACUCUUCUUCGCAACCUCAUUGCCAUGCAAGGCAACGACGAAGGAAGUCUGACGGAUGUGGUCAUCACCAGUAAAGAGAAUGAGCAGUUUUAUUUCCAUGGACCGAUCCUGGCUGCUUUGAGUAAAAACCUAGAGGAAAACCUUCUGAAACGAGGUCUUGGCUCUGCAGCCUCUAAGAAAACCAAAAUUGUCAUGGAGGAAAAUUUCAGCUCAGAAGCUAUUCAGUGUCUGUGGGACUAUGCUUACACAUCAGUCGUAACUCUUACCCCGUCCAAUAUCAACGAGGUGAAGGAGCUGGCAGAACAUUAUGGUAUCGUUYGUCUAAUGCAGGAAUGCAAAGAAUUAUUAGAUCGAGAAACUCCUUUUGGAGAAGGCCAAGACAAGGAAGAGGUAGGAUUCAAAGAUCUUCCUGAGAUCAUUCUAGACCGUCUGCACAACUUCCAUGAGAAAAAAGUGUUGUGUACAGCUGUAAUUACUGAUUGUUUAUCGUCGACAAGGUUUCCAUGCCAUGGUGCUGUUAUUGCAGCAGCUUGCAACGAGUUCUUUUUUGAAUUGGUCUUUGGGGAUGGCAAUAACUUUAUUGAUGUCGACGACCACACACUCCAGGCCAUGGGCCCUUUUUUGCAGUAUCUUUACACAGCUAAGUUGAUGAUCGAUGAAGCAACAGUUCUGCCACUAAUAAGGUUUGCAGCCAAGUUCAGUAUACCAAGCAUUGGAAAUGCGUGUUGCAACUGGCUCAAAUUUACGUUAACAGCCAACAAUGCUUUGCCAUUUAUGACUAUUGCGCAAGAUUUCCUGAACAAGGAGAAAAACCUAAGUUCAGGAAGAGAAAGCCAAGACGACGUCAGCUUUGCCUCUGCAUUGGCUGAUCUAUAUCAGUAUGCCAGGRGAUUUGUUUUGAGRAAUUUUUUCAGUGUCCAAGASAGCGUCCAGUAUCUUGGGUUUUCUUUAGAAGAGUUAAUUGAUUUGCUUGCUGAUGACGACCUUGGAGUUCAUUCAGAAGAAGACGUCUUCUAUGCUGUUAUGAAAUGGGUUUGUUGCAGCCCAGAAACACGCGCCAAUGAUCUUCCAGUCCUUCUUCAAGCUGUUCGUCUUGMAUACAUCCCUGCUGAGUUCCUUGAAGCAAUGCUGCAUCACGACCUGAUGAUAAAUAAUAGUCGGUGCAUUCAGAUGAUUGAAGAUGCUCAAACAAUUGUACUUCCAUCUACACCACGUCGACGUUCCACGGUGCAACGAUAUGAUGUUGGUUGAUAUAAUAAAAUGAUGCAUUGAAAAGUCUUUUGUUAAAUUCAUCUAAGAUGGUGGCUAUGACGUCGUGUGCAAACCAAACGCAGAAUAUUAUUCGUGCAGUUUACUGUGCUACAUACGCGCCGUACCGGGCCGGAACUUAUACACAAGUUUUGGAUUUCUUUUUGACAAUGCAACUUUUUGAUAUUAACUCAGGGUUAGCCUCGAAUCAUUGUCUAAACUUUCACAAACACCAACGAUAAAGUAAAGAAUGCACAACUUUACCAAUACAAACAAUUGGAAAUUCCACGGAUCUUCACUGGAACACAUGAAUAUUUGCACAAAGUGGAGGCUAAGGCUAAGGCCAAACGUCGAACUUUACAUGAGCCGAACCUAAAUGUGUUUAGGAUCGACUCAUAAUUAAACGUCGAACUUAUUUAUGUCGAUUUCAACACAAAUAAGACCAAACUAAUCGCAGUCAGCGGUUACACCAUCAUAAUGCGAUUCCAUAAUCAAAUCAUGAGCUGCAGCAGCUAUGUUGAAAAAAUUGUUAACGGCGCUUGCGUGGUGAAAAAGGAUAAUUAAACAGUAAUUAUCAA